AUGUCCGAUCAGAGAAUUUUUGCUCGUUACAAGGCUAGCGAGAUUCGGACGGACUUGCAAACAAUUGACGUCAAAAAGAUCAAGUCCAGCGUGACCAAAAGAAAACAUGCUUUAAGAAAGAUUAUUGCCAAUCUAACUUUGGGGAACUAUGUAGAGAUGGUCGUACUUUUCCCCGAUAUUUUGAAGUUUUGGCAAAUCGAAGAUGAUCUGGAAGUAAAAAGAAUAUGUCAUGAAUAUGUUAGGACGAUUGGGGCGUUGAAGCCAAGAUUUGUAAUAGAUGCUAUGCCGUCAAUCAGAAAUGAUCUGCGAAGCAACAACGAGCAACUCCAAAUUAUGGCUCUUGAAACUUUGGUUGGGAUCCCCUUUUUUAAGUUUACGGAUGAAGCCUUUAAUUUUAUUAUGACCAUGAUUAAUAAACGGUCUUCCUCUCCUGCUCUAAUGAAAUCGGCUGUCUAUUCACUUUUACAACUGGACGAAUGGGAUCACGAAAGAGUUAUGACCUUACUCGGUGUUUUGCACGGAAUAUUUGAAGACCAUGUUGGGUUACCGACUGUUCAGGUAGCAGCUCUAAAAACGCUUUACACUUUACAUGACAAGACAAAGAACUUGAAGCCUCUCCAUAUCUCGGUAGACACUGCGCUGGAUCUGUUGGGGCUAAUUCCUCAGCUAAACGAAUGGGAUGUUUCAAACCUCUUAGAAUGUCUGGUGACAGUAGUAGUUCCUCAAACACACGAUGAUUCAUAUGAUAUGAUCGAUAUCGUAUUGCCGCAGUUGCAACAUGUAAAUACCUCGGUGGCUCUCAAAUCUCUGGAAUUUAUCGUCUAUUUACUGAACUAUGUGGAUGAGAUAAGCGAAACUGUUGUUGAUAGACUCUCCAACUCUAUUUUGACUUUGUUAGAAAAACCGCCCGAACUACAGUUCCUAAUCCUGAGGAAUAUAAUACUUUUACUUCUAACUAGGGAAAAACCAGUGGUUAAAUUAGAGGUUUCAUAUUUUUUUGUCGAAUACAACGAUCCCAUUUACAUCAAGGACACCAAACUAGAGUGUUUAUAUCUUCUAGCUAAUAGUAACACUCUCCCGCAGAUUUUGGACGAAUUGGAACAGUAUUCCACAGAUAUAGAUAUUCAAAUGUCACGAAAGGCAGUUCGCGCGAUUGGUAAUCUAGCGGUGAAAUUGGGUGCUGAGGCUGCCGAGACUUGUGUUGAUGUUUUGAUGAAUUUGUUGGAAUUUGGGGUUGACUACGUGGUACAAGAGAUCAUAUCCGUUUUUAGAAAUAUUCUGAGAAGGUAUCCCGAUAGAUUCCAGUCUGAUGUCAGAGCCAUUGUCGAAUAUAUUGAUUGUGCACAGGUGGCAGAGUCAAAGAAUGCAAUGAUAUGGAUUAUCUGCAACUACUCGCAUCUUUUGCCAAAUUACAUUGAACUAUUCGAAGUUUUUUGUUCAAAUAUAAAAAGUGAGACCUUGGAUGUACAGUUUUCAAUAUUAAAUUCGGCAAUCAAAUUUUUUGUGAGAGACCCAAGUCCACGGUUGGAAAAUAUGUGCCUCCGGCUUUUUAACUUUCUGACAGAGGACGUUAAUAACCCUGAUUUACGGAGCAGAGCAUUUUUGUAUUGGAGGUUGCUCUCUAUUUCAAAGGAACGUGUGGAUAUAUUGACGCCGGAAGUACUGAAGGAGAUUGUGGACGGGGAACUCCCUGUAAUUGAAUUGAAUACCAAACUGGAUCAGAACGUCUUGGAAGAACUGGAAUUGAACAUUGGUACUGUAACAUCAGUGUAUCUAAAACCAACUGGGCAAAUAUUUCAUACGGCAAAAACCAAACAUUUAAAAGAUAGUCCAGUAUUGAAUAGUGAGAAAGGCCAUCUCAAAAUAAUAAAGCAGGAUGAAAACGAGGGACCCAAAUACGAGACCACACUGGAGAAUAAAGGAGUCAUCAGGCAGAAACUGCAAAGGAACUCUACCAUGAACGAUUACGAUAGACCUGCAGAAAAGGUCAAUGAAUUGAAGGGGAAGAGGAAAUCGAGUACCAACAAUGCAUCUAAGUUGGCCAGGAAACCGUCUCUUCUGAUGAGAAAAUUCUCUUUGAAGAAAAAGUUUUAG